CACGCGUGAUUUUCCGUGCUCUCGUGUCGGACCGAUGCGGUUCGAAGUUGAGUUUGAUCGUUCCGGUGGUUUUGAACGAUGUCGGGUGAUUCCCUUCUUGGUGUGCUGGCUUUGUGGCUGUGUUUCACGGCAGUAUGUGGCGACAGGAGGGGAUACAUUCUCUAUUGUCCCUGCAUGGGGCGCUUCGGGAACCAGGCAGACCACUUUCUCGGGGCACUAGCCUUCAGCCGAGCAUUGGACCGCACCCUAGUCCUCCCACCAUGGGUGGAAUAUCGGCCAGGGGAACCCAAGUCAGUUCAGGUGCCCUUUGACACGUACUUCAAGGUGGAGCCACUGACCAGAUAUCACCGGGUGAUCACGAUGGAGAAGUUCAUGAAAGAUCUGGCACCUUCCAUUUGGCCUCCAGGCAACCGCACCGUGUUCUGCUACCAAGCUCGUGCGUCGGCUCAGAGCUGCCAGGCCAAGGAAGGCAAUCCCUUCGGGCCCUUCUGGGACACGUUUGGCGUGGAUUUUGAUGAGUCUGAGUUCUACAUGCCCCUCCAGUACGACAUUCACCACCGUGACAUGGCACGCAAGUGGAAGGAGAAGUAUCCUGCUGACAAGUACCCGGUGUUGGCAUUUGUGGGGGCUCCGGCCACCUUCCCUGUACAGCAGGAGAACCUGGCUCUACAGUCGUACCUUGUCUGGAGUGACACAGUCCUCAACAAGGCGCGCCACUUCAUCCGCACUAGCCUGCGUGUGCCUUUUGUUGGCAUUCACCUACGCAACGGCAUUGACUGGGUAUGUGCCUGUGAACACUUGGAGUCAAGUCCCCUGCUCUUCUCAGCGCCUCAAUGCGUAGGCUACAUGCGAGAGCGAGGCCCAUUGCCCCCACUAGCCUGCCUUCCCACAC